AUGGGGAAACCAAAACCCACCACAAUGAGAUUGAUCUUGACUGACUUAUCCAUUAAGAAACCUAUAGGAAAAAUUCAUGAUGUGCUAGUUAAAGUUGACCGGUUCAUCUUCCCUACUGACUUUGUGAUCCUUGAUUGUGCUUUGAACCAUGAAAUUCCAAUUAUUCUAGGAAGGCCAUUCUUAGCCAUAAGAAAAGUAUUAGUAGAUGCAGAGUUCAACAAGAUGAAAUUUUGCCGAAAAAGUAAUGAGGUUUCUUUCAAUGUAUGCAAAUUCAUGAAGCAACCAAUGGAUUUACAAGUAGUAUUGAAGAUUGAUACCAUUGAUGAUGAGGUGACGAAUUAUGUCCAUGUGAGUAUGGUGAAUGAUCCAUUGGUAGUGGUUUUGUGGAAUUGUGAAAGGGAAAAAGUUGAAUAG